CAAGCUUGCUGUGCGCAGGAACUCCCCUCGGUUCAGUGUCAAUCUGCGCGUUCAGCUCUCGCGCAAUAAAACUCGGCCGUAAUGGCACCAGCAACACAGUUCGAGGUGGCGCAACCGCCGACCGACGCCAUCUCGGCCCUCGCCUUUGCGCCCGGCCCGGCCAGCCGACGACUGCUGGUUUCGUCAUGGGACAAGAACGUCUAUCUGUACGAGAUUGGCACCUUUGAGCAUCGCGCCCCCGUGCUGGAUGUCUGCUUUGGCUCAGGACCGGAGGAGGCCUUCACAGCGGGGUUAGACCACCAGGUCAAGAGAAUUGAUCUUGCGACCGGCGAGCAGACCGUCGUGAGCAAGCACUCGGCCGCCGUCCGCUGCGUCGUCUACAGCUCAGAGCACUCCAUCCUCAUCUCCGCCUCCUGGGACAGCACCUUGCACGUCCACAACACCGCCAACCCCUCCCAACCACCACUCGCCAUCCCCCUCCCAGGCAAGCCCCACGCGGUGGCCGCGAGCCCCAGCAAAGUCGUCGUCGCCAUGACCGCCCGGCUGGUGCACAUCUACGACCUGCCCACGCUCGCCUCCGCGCUCGCCUCCCCCCAGCAGCCGCCGCCGACCCCGCAGCCGUGGCAGCAGCGCGAGUCCUCGCUCAAGUUCCUCACCCGGGCGGUGGCGUGCAUGCCCAACGACGCCGGGUACGCGACGUCGAGCAUCGAGGGCCGCGUGGCGGUCGAGUGGUUCGAGGACAGCGCCGAGUCGCAGGCGCGCAAGUACGCCUUCAAGUGCCACCGGCAGGCCGCGCCCGAAGAGGAGGGCGGCGGCGACGUCGUGUACCCGGUCAACGCGCUCGUCUUCCACCCGGUCCACGGCACGUUCGCGUCCGGCGGCGGCGACGGCACCGUCGCCCUGUGGGACGCCGAGGCGAAGCGCCGCAUGCGCCAGUACCAGCGGUUUCCCGACGGCGUCGCCGCCCUGGCCUUCUCGGCCGACGGCAGGUACCUCGCCAUCGGCGUCUGUCCCGGCUUUGAGACCGGCAUGGAGGACUACAGUGGCGAGGGGCGGACCAAGCUGUUUAUUCGGGAGCUCGGCGAGACGGAGGCGAAGGGGAAAGGGUCGAAGUAAAUGCCAUUGGCUCGAACACGUCUGUAGCUUGGUGUUUUUGUACGGGUAUCAAAAGCAGGGUUUGGGAGAGGGGCUUGGCGUUGGGAGGGGAAUUCAUCUGUCAUUGUUUUCUAACUGCAAGAUGCUCUGUGGUGUGUGGGUAGAUCUUGGAUUAUACCACGAUGGCUUUAUGUGACACUAUUGUCGGUG